AUGCCUUCCACGCCACUUCUCAACGCCCAAGGCCAGCCUAUUAAGUCUGCCUUGAAAACCGAGGACGAUGUCGCCCAAACGCCACCCUGUGGCCCCACAAAGGCUGUCCAAAUCGCAGAGCCUGAGCCCCUUCCUCAAGAGGAGCCGAGGCCAAGGAGGGAAUUCGCUGCCAGUGUGAGCGGUAAACGCCUUAGUGGGCGGCCACCAAUGCCAGCGACAAACUCAUCUCGGGCAUCCUUCGCCAGUCAGAGCAGCAUUGAAACCUUGGAUUUGAAUGGAAGCCAGAGCGUUUCUUCCUUGCCGCAACUCCCAGAAGACGCCACAGCCCAGGGUGACUCACAGCCUCAUGGUUCUCAUCAGUUCACCAGUGGCUCUCAGAGGGUCGAUCGCGCUUCUGAGAGGCUACUCGCUCAAGUUGCAGAUUGGAUUCAACGCGAGAAGGCCAAGCGGGAAACCAAGAAGCCUCGGAAGCACCACCACCAUCACCUUCACUCGCGGCGGAGGCACAAGUCCCCACCCGAGGAGGCCCCGGCGUCUGAAGAACCGGAGAUGAGCCCUGAAGCCGAGAACCUGCUGCAGAGGACAGCCUCUAUCGACUCCAAUUCCAGCGAUGUAUCGCUCGACCGGCUGCAGCGUAUUCUCGAUGAUAGCAUGGCCGCCCUGGGUAUCAGUUCUGUACCGCACUAUAGCACUAAACUGGGCCGGCGGCUCUCGCACCGCAAGAAGAUCUCCUCUCGUUCCACUCUUCAGCUCGCUCGAGCAUAUUCCUCGGACACGGACUACGUGGAUGGAGAUGCCAUCGUACCAAGUUGCGAUGCUAUACUUGACAACACCAAAACACUGAAGUACUGCCAAGGAUCCACGGACGAGCAAUCAUCUAUGACUGCAAAGCGAGAAGAAAAAGAGAGGCAAGCUUGGGCCACCUUCAAGAACGAGAUCAUCCGUCUUGCGCAUACCCUUCGGCUCAAGGGCUGGAGGCGCGUCCGGUUGGACUCUGGCGACGACAUUCAGGUUGAGCGUCUGAGUGGUGCCUUGACCAACGCAGUCUAUGUUGUGACGCCGCCGGAGAAUCUGCCAUCCGGUGACUCGGAGGUGCCCAAGAAGAAGCCGCAAAAGCUGUUGUUGCGGAUAUACGGGCCCCAGGUUGAGAACCUGAUCGAUCGGGACACCGAGCUCAGCAUCCUCAAGCGACUGGCCCGAAAGAGGAUAGGACCCCGGAUGUUGGGUACAUUCACAAACGGUCGCUUCGAACAAUUCUUCAACGCCGUGCCCUUGACGCCCUCGGAGAUGCGGCAACCAGCGACAUCCAGGCAGAUCGCCAAGCGCAUGCGUGAGCUCCACUCCGGUAUCGACCUUCUUGAUGAGGAGAAGGAUGGUGGCCCGACACUGUUUAAGAACUGGGAUAAAUGGGUGGAUAAUGUUGGAAGGAGGACGCUCUUCCUCGACCAACUGGCUGACCAGGGUUCGCCAUUUGGAGGCGUGGACUGCUGGAAACAAGCAGGUUUUGUGUGUGGUGUGGAAUGGCCCAAGUUCAAGGCCAUGGUGGAUAAGUACCGGGACUUCCUCGUCCAGUCCUAUGGACCUAAAGGCCUUCGUGAGAAGCUUGUCUUCGCCCACAACGACACACAAUACGGCAACAUCCUCCGCGUCUGCACAGACGACGAGAAAUCUCCGCUCCUGCAGCCCGAGAACCAGCACAAACAGCUCAUCGUCAUCGACUUUGAGUACGCCUCAGCAAACCUGCCCGGCGCCGAGUUCGCAAACCACUUCACCGAGUGGGCGUACAACUACCACGACCCGCACACUUCGUACGCGUGCAACGCGGAGCGCUACCCCUCACUCGAGGAGCAGCAGCGCUUCAUCAAGGCGUACGUCGAGCACCGGCCCAAGGUCGGGCCCUCCACGGCGGCCUCGGCCUCGUCCGACGCGGACAUCACGCCCUCGGCGACGCCGCAGGUCCACCCGCAGACCCCGAGCAGCUCCGUCGUCGAGUUCAUGCUGGACGCGCGCGCCCCGCCCGGCGGCUGGAAGGAGGAGGAGCGCCGCGCCGAGGGCGCCGCCGACCAGCGCGUCGCGGAGCUCAUGGGGGAGACGCGCCUGUGGCGCGCCAUGAACAGCGCCCAGUGGGUCGCGUGGGGCAUUGUGCAGGCCAAGAUCCCCGGGUACGUCGAGCCGCCCUGCGACGACAGCGGAGAGGUCGAGGGAGCGAGCGAUACUGAGGCGCCGGCCUCGCCUGCCGCGUCCGAUCCUGGCGCCGGCGGUAGCGCGGCCGGGGGUGAGGAAGAGGAGGGCUUUGAUUAUCUCUCGUACGCGCACGAGCGCGCGCUCUUCUUCUGGGGCGACUGUGUGCAGAUGGGGCUGAUCAAGCUGGAGGAGCUACCGGAGGGCCUGAGAAGCAGGGUCAAGAUCAUCGACCACUGA